AGGAGGAGGCGAGGAGCUUCUGGUACUCAUCAGGUCAACGGAGGGGUCCGCUGUUACCAAGUGCUUUGUGCUGCAACUGAGACGGGGCGAAGAUGGCACCAACCAAGAAGGGUAUCCUGGAGCGUCUGAAUGCUGGGGAGAUCGUAAUCGGUGAUGGAGGCUUUGUGUUUGCCCUGGAGAAAAGGGGCUACGUGAAAGCCGGGCCAUGGACUCCUGAGGCCACUGUCACUCACCCUGAAGCUGUGAGACAGCUCCACCGGGAGUUCCUCAGGGCAGGAGCCAACGUCAUGCAGGCAUUUACGUUCUACGCCAGCGAUGACAAACUGGAGAACAGGGGUCAGACACUGAAAAUCACUGGAGCCCAAAUCAACGAGGCUGCUUGUGACCUGGCGAGGGAAGUUGCCAAUGAAGGAGACGCAUUGGUAGCAGGAGGAGUGUGCCAGACUCCAUCCUACCUGAGCUGCAAGAGUGAGGCAGAAGUGAAAGCCAUCUUUAAGAAACAGCUGGAUGUGUUCCUCAAAAAGAACGUCGACUUCCUGAUCGCUGAGUACUUUGAGCACGUGGAGGAAGCGGAGUGGGCCGUUCAGGUGCUGAAGGCCAGCGGAAAGCCUGUGGCCGCCUCUCUGUGCAUUGGACCCGAGGGAGACAUGCACGGCGUCUCGCCCGCAGAGUGUGCCGUCCGGCUGGUGAAGGCUGGUGCCCAGAUCGUGGGAGUCAACUGCCACUUUGACCCCAUGACCUGCGUGAAGGCCGUCAAGAUGAUGAAGGAGGGAGUGGAGAAGGCCGGGCUGAAGGCUCACUACAUGGUGCAGCCGCUGGCUUACCACACUCCCGACUGCAACUGCCAGGGAUUCAUCGAUCUGCCAGAAUUCCCCUUCGCCCUGGAGCCCAGGAUCCUGACCCGUUGGGACAUGCACCAGUACGCCAGGGAGGCCUACAAAGCUGGCAUCCGCUUCAUCGGGGGCUGCUGUGGCUAUGAGCCUUACCACAUCAGGGCCGUGGCCGAGGAGCUGGCCCCAGAGAGGGGCUUCCUCCCUGCUGCGUCGGAGAAACACGGGAUGUGGGGUGCUGGUCUGGAGAUGCACACCAAACCCUGGGUCAGAGCCAGGGCCCAACGUCAUUACUGGGAAAACAUCCGACCCGCAUCUGGUCGUCCCAAGUGCCCAUCGUUAUCCACGCCAGAGUCCUGGGGUGUGACCAAGGGCCACAGUGAACUGCUGCAGCACAAAGAAGCCACCACUACCCAGGAAAUGAAGCACGUGCUGGAGAUGCAGAAGAAGGCCAAGGCUUCAGCAUAAAAUGCAUCCGUCUCUGAGGUCAGCUAGACAGAGUUUCUCCAGAAAUUAAGAAAGCACUUGUAACGGCAACGCUCCAGCUGAGGAGUGGUAAAAUGUCAACCCCAAAAAUAAUAAAACCUGACUUUGUAACGUA